AUGAGGCGGGAAACAAGCCACGAAGAGACAGCUUUUGUCACCGGGAGCAGCAGCAGCUUCCGACGAGCUCGGCGCUGCCACGGCAAAGCCGCUCCCGCCGCAGACCGAGCGAGCAGCCACCCUUUCCUCCCGCAAGGCGGCAAAGGGCAGCGCGGCCGGGCUGGGGCAGAGCACAGGGCGGGCCUGCGGCUCAGACCUACCGGUACUCCCGGUCCCCUGAGGGCUGCCCCGCCCCCCGCGCGCCUCAGGUGCUUUCCCGCCUCCCCCGUGACGCCACAGGCCCGCGGCAGGCCGGGUCCCGCCCCCACGCCAACCGCCACGUACCUCCUCGGCGCAGGCGGCCGCCGCGGCGCCCCUCCCUCUCCAACCUCUCGCGCAAUCUCGCCUCACCGUCCUGCGCUGCCCAAUCAGAAUCCUCCGCGACGCCCGGGUGGGGGGGUCGUCAGACUCUGCCAAUCCCCGCGCCUCGAGGGGCGGGACCUGUCCCCAUGGCAACGGGAGCCGGGGCUGCUGGAGUGCCGUGGGGCUGUCGCGCCGUACCGUGCUGUACGUACUGUCCCGUCCCGUCCCGUCUCGUGCCGCCCCGUGGUGCCCAGCCCCGCAGAUCCUCACCAGGACACCGGGGGAACGCCCCCGUCAGCCCCGGCGCGCAGGAGACACCUCGCCCUUAAGAAGCAGCGGUUCCUCACCCGCCGCAGGGGGACCGCAAGGUAG